GCGAUGGCGCGGGAGCUGAGCCAGGAGGCCCUGCUGGACUUCCUGUGCCGGGCCGGCGGGCGGGUGACCAACGCCGCCUUGCUGAGCCACUUCAGGAGCUUCCUCCGGGACCCCGGCGCCGAGCCCGCCCAGCACCAGCGCCGCCGCGAGCUCUUCAAGGGCUUCGUGAACUCGGUCGCCGCGGUGCGCCCGGGCCCCGACGGCACCAAGUACGUGGUGCUCAAGAGGAGGUACCGGGACCUGCUGGGGGAGGAGGGGCCGCCGCCCGCCGCCGGCCCCGGCCCCGGCCCCGCGGGGGGAGCGGCGCCCCGCACCCCGCCCGGCGCGCCCCGCACCCCGCCGCAGUCCCGCCGGCGGCGCCGCGAGCGGCCGCGGGGGGAGCAGCCGGCAGGGGCCGCCGCCCCGGCUCCGGACGCGGGCGGCCCCGGUGCCCCCGCCGGCGGGGCCCGCGAGGCGCCCCGGGCCGAGCGCCGGCGGCCGGGCAGCCCCGGGGCCCGGGCGACCGCGGCCCCGGCGGACGGCAGGUGCGCGGCGGCCGAGACGCGGGGCCGCUGCUGCUGGGAGUGCGGGCAGCGCGGCCCGGGCCCGCUCCCGGGAGAGCCGCCGGCCCGCGCGCUCCCGGACUCGGCCCGGCGCGGGGCGGCGCCUGCGGGGCCGCCGCGGGAAGACGCGCCCGCCGAGCGCGCGCCGGGACCCGACGCUCCCCGCGCCCCUCCGAGCCCGACCCCGCCACCCGGAGACCCGCCGCGGCCCCCGGGCUCCCCGCGCCGCCGGACCCAGCAGCUGCGGCAGCUUCGCACCCAGGAGUGGGUGGCCCGACAUCCGCCGGCGCCCGCGGCCCGGGACCGGGGGCCCGCGCGGGCCUGGACGGUGCUGCCGGACGACUUCCUCGGGCUGACCCGGGAGCCGGCCCCCGGGGUCCCGGAGAGCCGCGCGGAGCGGCCCGGGCCCCCCGGCCCCGCGGCCCCCGAGGCGGCGGCCCCCGAGGCGGCGGCGUGGCGCGCUCCCCGCCCUCCGCGCGUCUUUCGCAGCCUUCGUUGCCAGCUGUCCCUCCAGGACCUCGGGGACUUCGUGGACCAGGAGAGCCACGGCAGCGAGGAGAGCAGCAGCGGGCCCCGGGAGUCCCCCGGGGGCUCCGAGGAGGGGCUGCCCGCCCCCCGGGGCGCCCCGGGGCGGGGAGGGCCGGGGGACCCCGCGGCAGGACCCCCUGCGUCCCCGGAGGGCGGCCGCGCCGGCCAGGGUCCUCGCGCCCCCGCGCCCGGCGAGGGCGGCCCGGCUUCCCGGCGGGGCCCGGGAGGGGCGGCCGGCGGCCCGCCGGAGCCCGCGGAGCCAGCUCCCCGGCCGCGGAGGUCCCUCCGCAGGAGCUCCGGGGCCGGCCGGGCCGGGCCGUCCUCCUCCGAGGAGGAGCACCUGGAGGAUGCCUUGCGGAAAAGGAACCGGCGCCCCCCCAGGCCCAGGAAGCCCCCCAAGGCCGGCCCGGCGCCGAGCCCCCGGGUGGACGCCGCUUUGACACCCAGCGAGAGGGACGUCCGGGCGGCCGGGACCGAGGGCGGCCCCGGCAGGGAGGGGCUCACGGCCUUGGUCCCCCGAAGAUCCGAGCCCAAGUCAUCCCUGGUGCCCCUCGACGCCAGGGAGCAUGCGUGGAUCGUGACGCUUGCCCGGGGCGCCUGGGCGCAGGUGCUGACUUUGUUCCGGGAGGACCCGCAGCUGGUUUUGCACAGAGAUUUCUUGACCGGGUACACCGCCUUGCACUGGACAGCCAAGCACGGCCACCUCGGGGCCCUGCAGGCCUUGGCGUCCGGAGCGCGGAGGGCCGGGAUCGCGCUGGACGUGAACGUGCGGUCCGGCUGUGGGUACACCCCGCUCCAUCUCGCAGCCAUGCAUGGCCACCAGGGAGUCAUCAAGCUGCUGGUGCAGAGGCUGGCUUCCCGGGUGAACAUCCGGGACAGCAGUGGGAAGAAGCCAUGGCAGUAUCUCAGCAGUAAUACCUCUGGGGAGGUAUGGCAGCUCCUAGGGGCUCCGAGGGGCAAGCCCAUUUUUCCUGUAUACCCCCUGGUCCGAAGCUCUUCCCCCCCUAGGAAGGCCAAGAGCCGGGAUAUAUCUAGAAAUAUUACCCGAAAAACUUCCCUGGCUGCUCUACUCAAAAAUCAGCACAGUAAGUGGAAAUUGGCCAACCAGUAUGAGAAGUUCCAUGCUCCCCAAGAAAGAGAAGAGUACAGUGACUGAGGGAGUUUCCUCUUCCUCACCGAACACCCCUGCCUCCCUCUUCCAAUCACCCGGGAGAGAAUCUGGGGCUAGAAGGUGCUAGGAGCCGUGGAGAGAGGCCAGGUGAAAUAGCCUUCCUGGAUUUUACAUCAGGACUGUGGACUUGAGGCUCAUGGCAGCUUUUAGAAGGUCAUGUCCUUGGGCCAGAGAAAACUGAGACAAGGGACAGAACAAGGCAUUUCCAACCCAGGAAGGGCUCUUCCCUCUCCAGUAACAGUGAAGGUCUGGCCAAAGGCAAGCCCCCUGCUUUUCUAAAUCAGCAAUUCCAGGCCUUUGCUAGAGAGAGAACAGAUGUCCAACCAAAAGAAGCAAUGCGAGAGAUUUACAAAGCUCAGACAAGCUCCUCUCUGGCCCAAAACUCUGGCUUCUCUCCAUUUGCAGAAUAAAUCUUGGCUGGAAGUGGAAGGCACCAGGUUUGAAGUCAGAUGGUGUGCUUUCUUUCUCUUUAUAUGCCUUUCUGGCAUUCACUAAAAUAGAACAUUAUUGGAGAGCUGAAUUUAAAGAGAUUCCUUAAGCCUCAUGUCCAAAUCUCCUUCUGAAUGCCACCUGCGGUGGCUAGUGGGUGACCUCAUUAGUGCCUCCUGUAGGUGUCAUAUGAGCAGAAAAGCAGUUGGGUAAGAUCCAGUUAACCUCAACUCCACUCCCAGAGAAAUGAUUGGCAUUUAGGCCCUACAUUUUAUUAUCAACCUAAAAGGAACUUUCCAAGUGUAAAACAGCAUGGCUCAUUUGCAUGGUAACUGAAACCAUCUUUCGGGGAAACUCCCUGAGGAACAAACAGAAUUCUCACUAGUAGUUUUCAAUAAGUUUGAAUGGCCAACCUUGGUACUCAAAAAAAAUAAAGAAUUUCACUCUGGGGAUGGAGUAGGAUUAAGAGGAGAAUGUCUCCCCAUCAGAACUUUUCUCAGCUGCUAAGUAUAGUUUUAUUUGCACUAAACUUCUUGCCAAUUAAGAUUAAAAAUUAGCCUGUAAGUACUGUAUGUCUAACAGGAAGUGUUCCUUUUAAUUGCUUGGGAAAUGACAGGUCAUUCUGAAUGCCUGAAAUGAGAGUGACCAGUGCACAAACCACAGUAAAUCACCAGGACUUCUGAAUGUAAAUCAAAGAGGGCUGGAAAAUUAAGUGUUCAAGUUGAAAUUGUUCAUAUAUAUUUGUGUGCAUAUGUAUGUCUUUAUGUGUAGUGGCAAUGAUGCUAUAUUCUUAAGGUAUUUUGUGUAUGUGUUCCUUCUGGUUAUUUUCCUCCAUUAAAAUAUCAGAUCUUUGUUAUAUUUUA